GCCAAUGUUUUUAAAAUUAAUAAUAGCUAUCAUCUCCAAAGGAAAAAAGAGAAGUGCAACAGAUUUAAUAAGCACUUCAUUAAUAAUUCCUGAAAUGACAUAUUUUAUUCUUGAUAAUGAAGUACCUUUGCAAGCUGAUGGUUCAUUAGAUAUCUUUGAAGUUAUAAAUCUGCUGUACAUACAUUUGACAAGGAUACUAUUGAUCCCCCCGCUCAAAACAUCUACGAAUAGACAAUAUACAAAAGUACCUAGGGAAAGUGUCUAUGAUGCAGAUGAACUGAGUACUAUAUAA